UUCCCAGUCUAUGCAAAUAGACAUUUUUACUUGGUCUGCUUCAACUUAAUGAAACAAGCAUUCGAAGUUAUAGACAACAUCCGCCAGGGGAAAAAUGCAGGAAAAUAUUAUGGGCCAAGAAUUAGACUUUUGCGUCGACACUUUGAGAAAUACUUGUUGGAGAACAACUUAAGUUUGUUGGCUAAUUUGGUGAAAAAUUUAAAACCAUCUUACUUGGUAAUGCCUUGGCAAACAAUUCAAAAUGACACGGAUUGUGGAUUGUUUUUGAUGAGACACAUGGAGACCUACAUGGGGGAUGCGAAGACCUGGACAAGUGAUUUGAAACCCGAAAAUUAUGGACAAACAAGACAGUUGGAUAAGAUUCGUGCAAAGUAUUGUCAUGCUAUUUUGGCUUCUCCGUUGAAUGAGAUAAGACAAAAAAUCCUAGAUGAAGCAAAACUUUUAUACAACAAGAUGGCAUCUGAGAGAGUUAUGAGUAUAGUGAUUGAAGCAAGUAAACGCAAGGGUGCACGUGUCCAUGGGAAAAAGAUGAUCAAAGGAAGGGUUUUAUUCGAUGAAGAUUGAAAAAAUUAUGUAGGCAAUAGAAUCAAGAAUAUAACAGGAGUUUUUUGGCAAAUGCCGAAACAGUUAUGCGCUUUAGUUCUUAUUCUUUUUUCAAAUGUAUGUAAAAGAAACGCGGUAUUGGCUUGGAUCAUAUCUAAAGCAGCUGAAAACUGUUACUCCUUAUUAACUAAUCUAGUGAUACAU